CUAAAUCAAAAGUAUGAGGAUGUUAAUGACCAAAUAUUACACUUUCCCUCUUCUUCCUUCAACCCUAAUAAACCCUAACAUCGUCUCCAGAGCAUAUAAGCCGGCAGCCGUCGCGUCUCCCUACUUCUUCUUCUCCACUCGGCGGCAAUGGGCAAGGGAACGGGGAGCUUCGGUAAGAGGAGGAACAAGACCCACACCCUCUGCGUGAGGUGUGGCCGCCGCAGCUUCCACCUCCAGAAGAGCCGCUGCGCCGGCUGUGGCUUCCCCUCCGCCCGCAAGAGGAAGUACAACUGGAGUGUGAAGGCAAUUAGGAGAAAGACCACCGGAACCGGUAGGAUGAGGUACCUACGCCAUGUACCUCGCCGUUUCAAGACUGGAUUCAGAGAAGGUACUCAAGCUACGCCGAAGAAGGCAGCUGCGUCAGCCUCUGCUUAACGUGUUGAUGGGUCAUUCCGGCUUUGAAUUCGAUAUCACAAUUUUUACUUGGUACUUCCGCUUGAGCAAGAUAUAUUGGGGACAGACUUCCGUGAAUGUUUUUUACUUUUUGACUUCUAUGUUUUCUAGCAGUUUUCUUUUUUCAUGUCAUUUGUAGUUGCUGCAAGUUUUGAAGGUGGAUUUGAGUUCAUUAUUAAUCGAAAGCUGGUACCAUUGUUAAGAUUUUCCAGUC